AUGCCUCAUCUCAUUGUUGCAGAGGGGCUAGAUCACCGAUCGUGUUCCUUGCUGCUUGGAAUUUAUGGUCAUCUUCAUGUUUCCGACCGGAAAGACAGGUUAGAGGUGGAUGGCGUGAUCAGACUCGAGCCGUUUCUCACGCGUAUUUUGAUGGGUGAGAACGUCUAUUCACAGUCAUCGAUCAGCAUUUCCGCCCCUUCAGAUUCUUCAUUGAAGCCAUAUACCGAUGCGAUCAACCCGGACUCUUCCAGAGAUGCAGGCGACAAGUCUAUCGCCUCGUCAACCGGGGUCGAUUCUGAAAAGAGGCUUGAGGAAGCGCCUCCAACGGGAACCGAAGACAGAUCUGAUGACGGAUGGUCUGAUUGGGACGAUGAUAAACCUUCAACGCUGGAAGAACAGAUACAACAAUGCCAACUUGCUUCGAGCGUUGAUGAGACAGUUCGAUGCUAUGGGGGAGAAAGAACAAGAGCGCAUCUUGGCGGAAUCCGGGCAGCUUCUACUCGGUCGCACAGCAAGCGUGGCAUUACCAACUCGGUAGAGACUCCACAACAGGCUCCGGGGCAGAUGAAAAGGCCUGAAGUGAAUGGGGGGAAGGAUCUGAAGGAAAAGCCGCGCGAGUUCGAAGGGCGAUGCCGCAAGAUCGAUGGGCAGCAUUUCAUCCUCCCCAAGGCGCAGGGUGAUUCCGAAAAAGGAUUCGACGAGUAUGUCGGAAUCGAUAGAACUAAAAGCGACGCGUUCGACCCAUCGUCAUCAAGUAGUGUAUACAUUGAACGAUUGUCACAUCCAACUUGGGCGACACUGCCGCUGUGGAUCUGGACAUUGAAGUUCAUCUGGAUCAUGCGGCUUCAGCGGUCGCGCGUCAAUUGGAUACACCCUUGCGAUCACUGUAGCCCCCAUGAAGAAGUUCGAAACUUGCCUAGCAAGGCCAUCAACGGCUUUGUCGGUUGA